CUACAGCUUGACUGUGUUGGUCCUGAGAUGACAGGAGGAGCUGAAGCCAAAGGAGCGACAGGUGAAUGAUCUACCGCUGCAGCUUUUCAUCACUUUAGCGCCUCAGUUCUCGGUAAACUGUGUCACCGUGAACAGAAAUGUCUAAACUUACAUGACACGCGCGACCGAGCCAACAAAGCUCGAAUUGAACUUCAAAGUGUCGCAAAAACAGGGAACCACGCUGCGGGAGCUCGGACUUAGCAGCUCACUUUCUCUGAGGGGAGGAGGCUCAGAGCAGGAGAGAUGUUGUCGACGGAGGAGAUCCUGUGCAGCACGCAGCAGGUGAUAGCGGGGCUGGAGGCGCUGAGGGGAGAGAACCACAGCCUGCUGGAGAGCCUGCAGGGGGCGCUGGAGAGCCGGGUGGAGUCGUCCAGCGGCAGCGUGGAGCAGGAGAAGAGCGGCAUCGUCCAGCAGUCCUUGGAGAGGAUCGAGCUGGGUCUGAGCGAGGCACAGGUGAUGAUGGCGCUGUCGGCUCAUCUCGGGUCUCUGGAGGCAGAGAAGCAAAAGCUGCGAGCUCAGGUGCGUCGGCUCUGCCAGGAGAACCAGUGGCUGAGGGACGAGCUGGCCAACGCCCAGCAGCGGCUGCAGGACACCGAGCAGCAGGUGGUCACCCUGGAGGAGCAGAACAGACACCUGCAGUUCAUGUCCUCCAUGCGCAAAUACGACCAGGACGAGCCGCCUGUGGACGACAAACAGAACUUUUCUAACAAGGGUUCUCUGGAUGAUCUGUUUCCUGCAGACGAUGAGGAGCCGUCUCAGAUGUCGCAGCCUCACAGCAGCGCAGCAGCUGCAGCGCAGCAGGGAGGUUACGAGAUUCCCGCCCGCCUUCGAACGCUGCACAACCUGGUCAUCCAGUACGCAUCGCAAGGCCGCUACGAGGUCGCCGUGCCCCUCUGCAAACAGGCUUUGGAAGACUUGGAGAAAUCUUCAGGCCACACCCACCCAGAUGUAGCCACCAUGCUGAAUAUCCUGGCGCUGGUGUACAGAGAUCAGAACAAAUACAAAGAGGCAGCGAACCUUCUGAACGAUGCCUUGGCGAUCCGAGAGAAGACUCUGGGGAUGGACCAUCCUGCUGUGGCGGCGACGCUCAACAACCUGGCAGUGCUUUAUGGGAAGAGGGGGAAGUACAAAGAAGCAGAACCUCUAUGCAAAAGAGCCCUGGAGAUCAGAGAGAAGGUUUUGGGAACAGAUCAUCCAGACGUGGCGAAGCAGCUGAACAACCUGGCUCUGCUCUGUCAGAACCAAGGCAAGUACCAGGAAGUGGAGCAGUACUAUGAGCGCGCUCUGCACAUCUACCAGAGCAAACUGGGGCCUGAUGACGCCAACGUGGCCAAAACCAAGAACAACCUGGCAUCAUGCUAUCUGAAACAGGGGAAAUACAGACAAGCUGAAGCUCUCUACAAAGAGAUUCUGACCAGAGCUCACGAGAAGGAAUUUGGAUCAGUGGAAGGUGACGGUCAUCCCAGCUGGUCAGGAGCCGAGGAUGGCGGUUCUGUGCCGGAGGGACUGAGGCGCAGCGGCUCCUUUACCAAACUCCGGGAGUCGAUACGCAGAAGCAGCGAGAAACUGGUCCGCAAGCUCAAAGGGGUAGGAAUAGAGGAAAGCACCCCAAGGCAUGCUGGGAUGAAGAGGGCAAACUCCCUCAAUGUGCUGAACGUUGGGACCAGAGACGGUCAGAACAGCACGCAGUCGAAGCAUCUGGCAGACAGUCGAGUCCAAAGCUCCAGCACACAGAGUCUGACCAGAAGGAGCUCGUUGGGUGGGAUCAGCUAACACUGAAAACACUUCCUUCAGGUUUCUGGAGUUUUAAAUCAGAGACUGAACCAGAUCCAUGUUCUUCUCCAGAUUCAGCUCAUUUAUUCCUUUCUGUUUGUAUGUAGGUCAACACGAAAGGUAAAGAAAAAACAUCCAUGAAUUUGCGUUUUAAUUUCUAAACUACAUCAAAGAAACAGAAAAAAUAGAAAUAUAUUUAUUUAUUUAAACUUCCAGAAGACAAACACGUAAAAAAACUUCAAUCAUGUUUGCUUUUUGCCUUUUUCAGGACAUUUUUCCAACUUUCACCAGCAUCUUUUGUCAAUGUAAAGUUAAGAGCUGGAGUAGUUUGACUUAUUAUCUUACUAUGUUAGGUUGAGAUGUUAGAGGAUCACUAAAAUAAUGUAUUUACUUUAGGCACAAAUGUGAAAAGGUGUGGCAACAAAUACUGAAAUAUAUCAAUCAUGCAGUCAUAUUUCGUCCUGAUCACUUGAAACACUCAGUAAAUCAAUGCAUUCGAUGUGAAAAUUAGGCAAACGAGUCUUUUAAACAACACAAUGUCAUCUGCAUAACAACUGACAUUUUUGGAAAUUGCUAAUCUUACAUUUUGACUUAACUUGCUGCUGUCUUUUAGGCCAGUGGUUCCCAACCUUUUAAGGCGCCACGGAGCGCUUUGAUGUCAGACAAUAUUUUCAAGGACUGGGCUGCACUAGGCUGAAGUUGGACUUCGUUUUAUUUGGCUUCUAAUUAAGUUAGAAGCUGAGCGGAAUUUUCACAUGAAAACCAUCCUACAUGAAAUCUAAUAUAAAAUAGACAUUUUGAAAAUGUCUGUUGGCGUUUUAUAGAUGGGAAAGCUUAAAGCGUUAAAGCGGAAACUAAAAUAAAAAAUAAAAUAAAAAAAUCUUACACCAACUUGUAUUGUCUGAAUUUUAAAGUGUGGCAGACUAAUGCCUCCUUAAUAAAAUGAGAAAACCAAUGAUAGACGGAAAAACAACUUUUUUAGCAGUAACUUUGUAAUAUUAUGCAAAUUAUGCAGAGUAAAUCCAAUAUUUUAGUUUUUGUCUGUUAAAUACGUAUGUUUUUUCUUUUUUUUUAAGUUAAAGACUCUUCUGUUUCCUCUUUAAGUCUUUUCUGUGAGAAGAAACUUUUUUAUUUUAACUAACUUUGCUUAGCUACUUUAUAAAAUUAGUACGGUAGAUGGAUUCAUAACACAUGACAGCGACUUCAAAAGCGUCAAGAAUGAGUCAUAGACGGAAGAGAAACCGACAGUUUAACAAAAUACAACUUCCUUCAAAAUAAUAUGAAAAAACAAAUGUAAUCUAAGUACUUUUGUCUUGGCAGGUGGGUACCGGUCUGCGACUUGGGGGCCACUGGUUUAGGCAACAUUUCUUUUAAUAUUAGAGAAAUAACUUUGCACGUUUUCUACUUGUUAUUCUUGUAAAUAGACAUUUAGUCUAUUUGUUAAACACAAAACUUGGAGACAAACAAAUGGUGGAUUUACCUUUUCUAACCUGACAGAAUGUAAAACCAUUUCAGCUCGGUUCAGCAUCAGGCCUUUAAGGAUGAAGAUCACGUCCUAAUGUUGUCAGACGUGGAUCGUUUUUCUCUUGCUUGGACUUUCCUGAACAUUGAUGAGUUGGAACUAAGAUGAUGGAGCUGCAGCAGAUGUGACUGUGGACUAGAAUGUUUCUGCACAUUCCAAACAUGCAAACAUCAAAUGUUCUGUAGAACUUUCCUUGUAUUUAAGUAUUUUUAUAUUUCUGACAUAAUCUGGGGGCAAGAAAUGUUUUUAAAUGAGUCGUUUCUGUGUGAAAGUAGCUUUUUUUCCCACAAAUAUGAGCUAAACUGAAGGAUUAGCAUUAAAAUGUGUUUGUAUUUUGUUUGUAUUUUGUGUUUUUGAUGAGUUUAAAGAAGAUGAAUGUUUGACCGUCAGUAAAACGGUGGACCCCCAUAUCAUAGACAAGUGAAACCUUUACUGUUACGCAAUAAUACAAAGAAAAUGUGAACAAA